AUGCGCUUGGGCAUAUUCCUGCUGGCCGUCUUGGCUGGCUGUUGUGCUGCCGACAGCUUCAAUUGUUUAGUGGGAAACCUCUUAGUUCAAAAUGGUAUCAUUAUCUCGAAAAGCGUAGAAACUAAAUCAUGCAGCGGAUUAUGCAGUAAGCAGACUCUCACCAAUCAGGAUGGAUCUCUUGUGAUGUUCGCGUGCAAGAAAGAAAACAAGCUCACAUCAUUCCUCAAUCAAAACGAAAAGCCAUGCUCCAGCAGCGAGCUCGAAACCAAGUGCUUCUGUCGGGGCGAUGAGUGCAAUCGUGUCGAUCUUCCCGAAAAUCUGCCGGCACCAUCGAAUUUCGUUGCCAACAACAUCCUCUGCUACGUCGGAUUCUACGCCAACAACACCGGAUUUGGAGCCGUCGGCGAUGUUGUCACGUGCGGACAAGGAAAUGUGUGCACAAGUGUGUCCGGAGUCUACCAGGGCUACGAUGCCGCUGCGUACGCUUGCAUGCCGCUGGCUCUCUGUCAGAACAUCCUUCCCGACCUUAAAACCGGAACCCAAUGCACCAAUCUUAAAGGAACCAAUAUUCAAGGAUGCUGCUGCUACGAUCAAGAUUGUCGCUCGCUGGCCCCAAUUCCGAACCUUCCAACUCCGGAACCGUUCGGAAAAAACAAUGUGACUUGCUAUCAAGGAAUCCACAUCAAUGGAAAUAAUAUCUAUGGUGGAAGCUUCUCGCAGUGCCAAGGUGAAUGCGGAUCAGUGAGAAUUCGAACCGUCUUAAAUGGAACGAAUGUAUGGGGUGAAGUGUUCGUCUGCGAUCCGGUUGACGUCUUCAACACUCUCAACUUGAACAAUGAUUGCCGCACUGUCGAUACCACCAACCUCAACGGCGUCCCGACCGGAUUGCUUUAUGGAUGCGCUUGCAACACUGAUAAAUGCAUCGACCCGACUGUCGUGCCACCGGUCUAUCCAAUCAAACAGCUUAAGUGCGCCGUCGGAUUCCUCAGCAACAACAAAUGGCUCGGCGCCGAGAUGGCUUGCAGCGGAAGAUGCAGUCGGUACAAGUUCGUCGCCAAUGGACGCGACGUCGCCUAUUACACGUGUUCGCCAUACGACAUCUGCGCCGGAUUCGGAUUGGAGAGCACCGAGGGAGAGACCUACAAUCCGCCGCAGGAUGAGGAACUCGAAGCGUACUGCUGCUCGGCCAAGGACAACUGCAACGCCGACUCGCCAGUGAUUCGCGGAGCCAUCAACACGACCGCCAUUUCGACGGCCAAGUACCCGGUUCUUUGCUACGGCGGAAUCUGGGUCAACGGUGUUCCGAUCACGAACAGCGCUUACGGAUUGUGCAACGGUGAAUGCGCGUCGGUCAACUUCAUGACGAUGUUCGCGGGCGAAACGCACAACGCCACCAUCUACACGUGCGAUCCAGUUACCAUGUGCGAGUCGGCCGGAAUCGCCAACGGAUGCGGACCGGUGAUGGGCGUCACCGCUUGCUGCUGCGACAAUGACUUGUGCCUCGAUCCGAAUCGCGGAGCGCCGCAACCAAACCUUCGCUGCUACUCUGGAAUCUCAAUUCCGCAGGACGGCUACAAUCAAGGAGGAGAUCAGAUUUGUGACGGAUGGUGCGCCAGCUUGAACUCGGUCAUCAACAACAAGAACGCAACCGUCUACUAUUGCUCGCCGGUCGGCAUGUGCCGCUAUUUCGGUCUCGGAUUCGGCGGAAGCGCCGGAAACUGCGCGUCAAUUCCAGGAGCCGAUCCGCCGGUCACCGGAUGCUGUUGCUCGGACUCGGACAAUUGUUUGGUGCCUGACAACGUCAACGUCACCGCCAUUCCGGCUAGACGCGAUCCAAAGAUUGUGUGCUACGAGGGACUUCAUCUCAACGGCGAGAACGUCACCUUCCCGUAUUAUAGAAUCUGCGACGGCGAGUGUGCAUCGGUCAUGCUCACCGGAACGAUCGGAGGAUCCAAUCACUACGCUCAACUUUUCACGUGUGACGCCGCAAGCUCGUGUGCCGCCAUGGGACUCCGCAACAAUUGUUCGACGAUCGACAACUCGUUGAGCGCUUGCUGCUGCGAUUCCGAUGAGUGCAUCGAUCCGACCGUCAACCGCUAUCCAGGAACCCCACUCAAGUGCUACGUUGGUAUCAGCACCAAGUUCUCCAAUUUCACCACCGGAGCCGAUGUGAUCUGCGACGGCUAUUGUGCCUCGGUUGCCGCCGUCGUCGGAAUUGACUUCGUCACCGCAUUCCAUUGUGCUCCAAAAGACCUCUGCCGCUCAUUGGGACUCGACAACUCGAACAACACCAUCUACCUCGAUCGUUACGUCAACGCCAUGUGCUGCGACUCUUCGGAUUAUUGCAACUUGGCCGGCACCAACAUCGACCCAACCAAAAUUCCGGUUUCGCCAAAGGAGGCCCCGAAGGCGUGCUACUCGGGCGUCUUCGUUGGAACCACUCAAGUUUCCGAUGGAGGAUGGCUCGCAUGCCAGGGUGAUUGCGUCUCGGUUUCACUCAACACCACCUACAACGGAGCGGUGUCCGUCGCCAGUCUUUACACAUGCGAUCCAUCGACUGUUUGCCGCAACUUGAAGGCCAUGAACCGAUGCCACAAGAUUGAAGAUGGCUUCGAAGCGUGCUGCUGCGAUAGCGACGCUUGCCUUGAUCCCACUGUCAACCCGCCACGCAAGCCAUUCGGAGACGGAAACCUCUGCUACGUCGGAGCUUAUUCCUACGACGCUGCCGGAAACACCAUCUUGAACGUCGGAGGAGAGGAGUAUUGCGAGGGAACGUGCGCUUCUGUCACCUCGUCGCUCGCUGGCGCCAACUUCACCGCCUACGCAUGCACACCAAACUACGUCUGCUCGUACCUCGGACUCUAUGAUGAUUGCCAGAGCGUCUACGCCGAUCGCACCAUCAAUGCCUGCUGUUGCACCAGCGGACCCAAUUGCAAUUUGAAUCAAGUUGUUCCACAGCCACCACCACUUCCACAGCCAAGAAGACAAAAACGCGAAUUCCCGAUCACCUGCCCAGCUGGUGUCAUCAUCAACGGAAAUCCAGUCACCCCAAUCGAAUUUCAAGUGUGCGAUGGUGAUUGCGCUUCAGUCACCAUCAACGGAACCGUUGGCUCCGCGCAGCAUAUCGCCACACUCUACUCGUGCGAUCCAAGCACCGUCUGCAAUCAGCUCAGCUUGUACAAUGAUUGCGCUACCGUCGAGAAAGGUGUCACCGGAUGCUGCUGCAACACCGACGCGUGCCUUGAUCCACUUCGCGGCAAGACCGUCCCAACGCCGCCAUUGAAGUGCUACGUCGGAUUCUACUCGAACAAGAUCAACACCGGAGCCGAAAUCCUUUGCGACGGCAAGUGCGCUUCAGUCAACGCCCGCCUCAACGACGACAACGCCACAUUGUUCGCGUGCGUUCCGCACAAGUUGUGCCGCUCUCUCGAAUUGUACGACGAGUGCCGAUCAAUGGCGCCGUGGUAUCCGGAAUUCAAGGCUUGUUGCUGCGACAACCUCGACAACUGCAACGUGAAAAUGAGCCAUUUGAACGGAAAGAUCAACACCACCAUUCCACUCUCGCCGCUCAACGACUUCCCAAUCUCGUGCUACUCGGGUCUCUUCAUCAACGGAAGCGCCUACAGCGACAACGGAUGGCAGAUUUGCGACGGCGAUUGCGUCUCGGUCUCGUUCACGUCGACAUUCAAUGGUGCUCUAGGCGUUGCAUCGCUCUACACAUGCGAUCCUUCGAGAGUGUGUCGCAACCUUGGACUCAAGAACAACUGCUCGACACUUGAGAAUGGUGUGUCGGGAUGCUGUUGCGAUUCAGCCGGAUGCAUCGAUCCAACCAAGUACCCACCAAAGACGCCAGGAAACCCACUCUACUGCUACGCUGGAAUCCAAUCCGAUUAUCUCGUCAACGGAAAACCAUUGAGCGUUGGCGCUGAGAUUCUCUGCGACGGAAAGUGCUCAUCGCUCUCCGGAAUCGUCAACGGCAACAUGGUCCACUCGUACCAUUGCGUUCCAUCAUCGGUGUGCCGCGCUUUGGAGCUCUACGACGACUGCAAACGAGUCCACGAGGAUCGUCAGAUCGAUGCUUGCUGCUGCGACAAUGUCAACAAUUGCAACAUCGCCAACACCACCAUCGUGCCGCCAGUUCCGCAGAAGACAGUUGACUUCGCCAUUGCUUGCUAUUCGGGACUCUACGUCGACGGAAUUCCAGCCACACCACUCACGUUGGGAUCGUGUGAAGGACAGUGCGCAUCGAUCAGCAUCAACACGACAUACAACAAAAAUACGAAGGUCGCCACACUCUACGGUUGCGAUCCGACAUCAGUGUGCGAUACACUCGGCAUGAAGAACAGCUGCGCGUCGCCGGAAGACGGAAUCACCGGAUGCUGUUGUAACACCGAUCUCUGCCUUGAUCCACCAAAGAACAAGACCGUCCCAUCCGGCUAUCGCAAGUGCUACAACGGAAUCUACUUCAAGGGCAACGCCACCGGAGCAGAAAUGGGCUGCACCGGAAAGUGCGGUUCGGUGAGCUCAACUGUCAACGGAGAUUCCGUGACGAUCUUCUCGUGUGUUCCAACCACAUUCUGCCGUCAACUCGAGCUCUAUGACGAAUGCAACACGGUGAAACAGGAUCGCGAUAUCACCGGAUGCUGCUGCGACAACUACGACAACUGUAACGUCGAUUUGGCCGGAUUGAACGGAAAGAUCGACACGUCGGGAGAUAUUUACAAUAGUCGCGAUUAUCCGAUCGCUUGCUAUCAAGGAUUGUUCGUUGGAAAACAAGCGAUCGCUUCGGCUGGAUGGCAGGCGUGUCAAGGUGAAUGUGCGUCGGGAAGCAUCACCACCACUAUUAAUGGACAUCCAACGACUGCCACGCUUUACACUUGCGACGCCGUCAGCACUUGUUGGCAGAUGGGAAUGAGCAACAACUGCACGAAUCUCGAGCAAGGACUUUCAGCGUGCUGCUGCUCGACGGACGCGUGCCUCGAUCCGACCGUCUACCCACCGCGCACACCAACCAAUCCACUCAAAUGCUAUGUUGGACUUCAAUCGACAUACCAAGGCGGAUUGAGCAUUGGAGCCGAGACGUACUGCAACGGACAAUGCGCGUCGAUUACUGGAAUCGUUGGCGGAGAGAACGUCACCACCUACCAUUGCGUUGCCGACAGCGUGUGCAAGUCAUUGGAGAUCAAGGAUACGUGUAGAGUGCUUUGGGGAGACCGAAGUCUGACGGCGUGCUGCUGCAACAACGCCGACAAUUGCAAUCUGAAGGAUCCGAACGUCAAGCCGGGACCACCAGUGCUUCCAGACUUCCCAACUGCGUGCUAUUCGGGACUCGUCGUCGACAAAAAACCAUACUCGGCAUUGUCUCUUGGAGGAUGCUACGGACAUUGCGCAUCGAUCAGUUUGGCGACAACCUAUCAGGGCGCCAAUCACACCGCCACAUUGUACACCUGCGAUCCGACCCAAGUGUGCCAGCAGCUCAAUUUGACCAACAGCUGCCAGAACGUCGAGCCAGGAGUGAGCGCGUGCUGCUGCGACACCGACGGCUGCAUCAAUCCGUACACCAACACAUUCCCGGGACCACUCAAUUGCUACGUCGGAUUGUACACCAGCGACGGCAAGAUCAACACCGGCGGAAGUGUGCCAUGCGACGGCUAUUGCGGAUCGCUCGAGACCACCGUUGGCACGACCCUCUACAAGUCCUACCAUUGCGUGCCAAAGUCCAUCUGCACACAAUUCGGUUUGUUCAAUGAGCGUCGCACAAUUUCGACCGACAAGGACAUCACUGGCUAUUGCUGCACCAACGGCAACAACUGCAAUGUACUCGAGAACGCGGUGAACGUCACUGUCGCGCCAGCGCCAACCGGCAACCCAAUCGCUUGUCGCUCAUCCAUCUACCUCAAUGGAGCCCCAGCGACCGGCGACACAUUCACAGCAUGCUACGGACAAUGCGCUUCGGUCACCUAUGCGACCGCUCUCAACGGCGCCAACAACACACUGACGCUCUACACCUGUGAUCCAACAUCCGUGUGCGAUUCCUUGAAAUUGUCCGACUCAUGCGCGACACUCGACGGCGGAGUCUCCGGAUGCUGCUGCAACACCGACAACUGCGUCGGGCCGAACAUCCAGCCAACACCGCCAACUGGAUACGCCACCACCACCUCCUUCUCGAUUCUCAGCUUCCUCGCUGCUGUAUAUAUUGCCAUUAAUCAAUUCUAG